AAUAUGUUGGUGCUUAACAAACAAAAGACGAUGAUACUGGACCCUCCUCUUCAGAAACAGACACAAUUGUCAUUCUGUUCCUCCUUCAGCCCUUGGGCUGACUCAGAUGGUUUAGAGUUACAGCCUCUCUGCUCCUCCCAACUAACAUUCCUGGGACUUGCAAAAACCUCCCAGCAAAAUAUCCAAAAUGGAGACUCUCCCACCAUACCCCUUAAAGUGCUCUUCCCCAAAAGCAAAAGUAUUCAUUGUAUUCUUCUCUAUGGUUUUCUGUACAGCAAUUCUAUGUCUUCUUCAGUUAAAGUUUGUGAAGCCAAAGACAAAAGAUUUUUAUUCUUUUGAAAUUAAAGAUUCCAGGGGGAGGACAGUUCCUUUGAGUAAAUACAGAGGCAAGGCAUCUCUGGUUGUAAACGUGGCUAGCUCCUGCAAGUACACAGAUGCAAACUACAAAGAGCUGCAGGAACUGCACAGAGAGUUUGGACCAUUCCACUUCAGUGUCCUAGCUUUCCCAUGCAAUCAGUUUGGAGAGUCAGAACCAGAAGAGAACCAGGAAAUAGAAAUGUUCGCCAAAGGGAACUAUGGAGUAACUUUCCCGAUUUUUAGCAAAAUUAAAAUUCUAGGUACCGAGGCAGAACCUGCGUUUAAAUUCCUUGUGGAAUCAGCAAAAAAAGAACCCAGGUGGAAUUUUUGGAAAUACCUUGUUAAUACAAAAGGCCAAGUAGUUAAAUAUUGGAGACCCGAGGAACCAAUUGAAGGCAUCAGGCAAGAAGUAGCAGCUAUAGUCCGAGAAAUUAUCAUGAAGAAGAGAGAAGACCUUUGAAGUGACGUCAUGUGAACAGAACUGUUAUGGGCAGGGGUGCAAAUUAGUUAAAAAAAAAAAAAAGAUUCUAUUUUUUACUUUUUUCUAAAAAAAAAAAUCUUGCCCAACUCAUUCAAAUACCUGUCUUUUGUAUUUUGUUGAAAUUAGAGCAAACCUGUGAAAAGAGACCUGAGUGAGCAAAUAGACCAAAUUACAAAAAAAUAAAAAAAUAAUAAGGGUACCACUAAUAUAAUAUAUUACAUAAACAAGUUUACAAAUCCAAAAGGAAUUUUCAAUGACGAGCGUUUGGAAAGUUGCCGUCUACAGAGGAUAUUGCACAGUAACUCUGGCAAGAGAGAAUGACAUUAAAGAAGGUUCUUUUAUAUUUCAAUUAUAGCAUAAAACAAUUCUCAGAUUCUUUACCAAA